AGCAACAGCAGUACGGGAAAGGCCACAUUGUGUGGGGGUCGGCGGCGUGUGUUUUUCGGGAUGCCAACGAUGCUCGGUUUAAAUUUACGUGUUACCGGGCACUGUAACCAAGGCGGACGAAAAUAUAUGGAGGAUGCUUUCGUCGUGGGAUACCAGCAGACGAAAGACGAGAAGGACUUGGAGUACGCUUACUUUGGCAUCUUUGACGGACACGGCGGCAGAGAGGCAGCUCUUUACGCCAAGGAGCAUCUGCUCGACGCUAUAGUGAAGCAGAAAAACUUCUGGUCAAACAACGAUGACGACGUGCUGCGGGCAAUUAAGGAUGGAUUCAUCGCUACCCACCACGGCAUGUGGAAGGAAGUUGGGACGUGGCCCAAGACAAUGUCAGGCCUACCCAGCACAUCUGGUACGACAGCCAGCAUAGCCUUCAUCCGAAAGAAAAAGCUGUACAUUGGCCAUGUUGGUGACUCCAGGAUCGUCCUGGGUUAUGAAAGUCCCGACGGUGACUGCUGGAUACCAGAGUCACUGACAAAGGACCACAAGCCAGAAAGCCCAGCAGAGAAAGAACGCAUCUACAGCGCCGGCGGCUUAGUCAUGAAUAAAUCGGGUGUAGAUCGUGUCGUCUGGAAUCGGCCGCGGGUUGGACACAAGGGACCCGUGCGGAGAAGCACCCACUUUGACCAGAUCCCCUUCCUGGCUGUUGCGAGGUCGUUAGGAGACCUAUGGAGCUACAACUACUUUCGAGGCGCCUUCGUUGUGAGCCCCGAGCCAGACGUGUGUGUUGUCCCACUUGACUCUAAGCGGGACCGCUGCAUCAUAAUUGCCUCGGACGGACUGUGGAACAUGAUCGGGACGCGGGAAGCCGUCCGACUGGUCCGGGAAGCAGAGAGGGAGAACGAAGGAAUUCUGCUCGAAUCCGGGCAGUCGGGCUCUGAAGGGCGGCCGGUACAAAACCCAUCGAAGUUGCUCGUGGACGAAGCUUUAAGUCUGUGGUCGGAUUAUAACGCCCGUGCGGACAACACGAGUGUGGUGACAGUCAUGCUGGACCCCGCCGGGCCAUCCCAUCGUGAAGUGCUGAUGCGGCAGAAGGUGCUGCGUAAGCUCAGGCCGCGGGUAGAACUCUGGGAUCAGGAUGGUGCCUCAUCUCCUUCACAGGGUUCGUGCGACCAACCACCAGGGGAUGCCCCGGCCGCCGACACGGCCACCGAACGGCAGCCAGACUUUGAAAUGGACACGUUGCCUCGCCCAGUCAUUUUAACUCCCAAGCGUGUCACCACCAACGCGUGUGUCCGGACUGAGCGUCACACGCCACCCGACCAACCGCCCGAGUGGCCGGAGCAGGAGAAACGCCCGGCGGACAGUGCGGCGGCGGACACUUCCCUCCAGGAGAUGCAGGAGAACCAACCGGGCUCCACAAAGCGCCACUCGUCCCCCCGCAGUGACAGUGAACCUCCCCAGAAGCUUCUACGACCGCAGAACGGGACGGAGGCCACGUCCCGACCGCCGGCCCUGAGGCUACGGCGGACGAAACUAUGACGCCAGUAGUACCUCCGCGCAUACGUCGCCGGCUUAGAUUAUUUAUAGGACUCGAACAAAGUGUGCCGCGCAACGGUGUGGCGCCGCGCAGCUUGCAAGUGCUCAACUAGAUUUCUCAACAUCGUCACGUUUGUUGCGUCUGAUACAGACGUCACGUGGACACUCUUCAACGAUCAUUGAAACGCCGCCGAAUGUGUCAGUUUUUCAAAAAGCAUUGGAACCUGCGCUCCCUGACAGGUUGGCAAGUUGCACACUUGGCGGCGCUGCGCGCAUGUUGAACGGCCUUUGGGUUCAAUGACGAUUGAAAACUGCCCACGUGUCAGGGGGUAUCGGACCCCUCCAAUAUUGAAUUUGGAAAUUACGGUGCGGUAAAGUUAGGCACUCAAUGUACCUGCACGUGUUUACUCGGAUACAGGUCAACAACACUCCAUGGAAAAUGCAAAUAACAAUAAUAACAUUCAUUAUCAUUGUAAUAUAGGGUCACCAACGUAUUUAAGAGGACAGAGAAAAGUUCUUCAUUUUACAUUUCAUUUAAAGUUACUUCAAGUGUCACGUGGCGUCCGAACUUACGGAAAGUUUGAUUGUCGGAGCAGCUUGCCCGGACAGCUAAGGCACUCUGUUUACUAUUGUGAGCAGAACCACCUAGUGUUUCGAGAAUAUUUACGCAAGAAAACACUUUGACCAAUAUUCCGAUAAAUAUGGUAGUUCAAGGUCUACAGAUAUACAAGAGACAAAAGAGGCUACUUAAAAGCAGAAAGGUAUUGAUUGACAUAAAAAUUGUCUGCAGCAAACCAUCCACCCAAUUGUUUGGGUUCUCCAACCAAUAUUGGGGUAGUGAAAUGAUAGGUGUGGAAUGGAGAACAUUUUAGCAUAGCGUCAUCCAUACGAGAUUUCCUGAAAUUGUCACUCAUAAUCACACGGGCAGGAAAACAAGUGGUGUGUUACUGAAAAAAAAAAAAAAAAAAUGUUCGGGUCCAUUGGGGAGACUAUUCUAUUUUUAUUGGCCGUAGCAUCAACCGCAUCCCUCAUGUUGUCGUACCAGGACAACACAGCUUCCACGUUCAUCAACCGGGAAGGCCGUAAAUCGUGCCAACUGCAGGGACAGCUGUCGCGGAAUCUUUCUGUUAGUCACCUUCAGUGUUGUUUCGUAAGUCAUGUUGUACACCUGCCCUAAUUUCAUCAACGUAUCACUUGUCAACGUGCGAUUGCAGCCAUCCUUAGGACAUGCAGUCUACCUCCCUGUAAUUGCGAGGCAAUAUGACAGGACAUUGUGGCCAUCCUGCACACUGCAAGGCACUCUGUUAUGUAGGUCGACACGUGUUCGCUUUGUUCACUGAAGAAACGAGUUGAAUGCCUAGUUUUAGUAAUUUUGUUUUAGCCACAAAUUGAUUUUGUGAUGCCGAAUUGAUUUUUUACAUGGCAGGUCGCUAUGAGUGAGCUCAAAUGUGCUCGACGAAGUGUACAGUUGUUUUUGGGGGUCGGUAAUGAGAACAGCCGGUGGUACGUUUCACCAAGGUUCCUACUCCAAUGACAUGAACAGUUACAAAAUUAAGGUUUUGCAAUCAGCACUAAAGCAAACGCAGUGUGUGUGUGCUUCUUUGGAACAUUAUCUCCGGGGAAAUGCAUCAGGCUUUAUCUGCUAUAUCUUUGUGUUACCGCUUAUCAGGGUGUACUGUCACUACACACGUGGCAUCUCCGUUUUACGUUUGAUAAGGAAUUGAGUUGCAGUGACAGUAGCAACAACCACUGAGAAUGUGUAACUACUAUUCAUGCCACAAAAGCUAAUUCGUAUUAUUUUUGCAUUCCACUCCUCCCGAUGCUUACCACCACAGCCCGGUUGAGAUUCUAAAACCUACCAGAAGGAAAGCAACAUAACAGUUGUGUUUGUGAAGCGAUGACACCUGUGAAAGAAUUAUGAAGAGAUCAUGUUGUGAUUCAAGUGCAUUGUACCACAGUGACGGAGAUUUUCUUAACGUGCUCUGGUGAAAGCACUGUUUUAGCGAGCUUGAAGACAUUGACUCGUAUUUUUGAGACUUUUUUUUGACGAAACAUUCAGAACAUUUGGUAGACUGUGGUUAUACUGAUCUAUAAUGCCGGUUUCUCCUUCAACUUACGAAGGCCGUAAGGAACUGGACGUUUCCUCCGAAAAGAACUUUUGUCCGUUACUUGUCUUACAUAUUGCUGUGGACUCAAAGUGACAACCAUCACUGCCCGUUCAACAUAAGCGUGCUCGUUUAUUUGUGCAUAAUUUUCUGCAGAAACGGAUAUGCAGUCGUGAAAUUGGUGCGUCGACGUAGAGCUUGCAUAUUUUUCGACGUUCUCAGACACUUUCAGCCAGUUACGCAGAUUAUGGUAGACGGGGGUUUUCCGCAUAAAUUGCACAGCAUCAGCGUUAAACGGAUAUCGCAUUACGCUGCUGAAACACAUUACCUGUGCGCACGUUCCAAAUGCUGAGCGUUCCUGGGACUAACUGGCCACUUUGGCCCUAUUUUUGUACGCCCGAUAAACAAACUGCCACGACAUGCAGUUUACUUGUACGGUCGUAAGCAUAUAGAGCAGUCUGAGGUAUAGACAGCGGGAGGUCACACCACCCGUGUGUGCAACAAGAGUUUGUAAAUUCUGGUGGUACAGACAACUGGAACACUGUAGAUGUUUUUGCUUUUUUCAUAGACUACACUGGACAGAGACUGCAUGUACAUAAACAGUCUAUUUAUUCCAUUCCAGCAUCAUCAUCCAAUACUGUAAAUCAUUUUUGUUUGUACAUAUCCAAUAAAUUACUCUGGACACAUA